AUUUGGCAAAUGCCAGUAUUCGUCGUCACAUUUCUGGAUGUGUGCAUACAGCUAUUACAUUGAACCGAGACAUCGAUCUGCAUCAUGUGCGAAUGGAUCGGCGGGCAGGAUACGAUGAAUGCUAACAGGACUGUCACCUUGAUAGUGAAGUCAUAGAUCAAGGAGAAAAACCACAUGCCAAGAACACGAUCCGGUAAUACCGGUCACAGACAAUGCAAAGAUGAAGCAACAGGGAUGAGCGAAACCAUUAGACCCGGUAAAAGUAAUCAUGGUCAAUCUUCCACAACAGAUGAAGCUACAAGAAAAAUGCUGAGACCAAGUAAACCAUAUUUAGAUCAAUGUAAAGAUGAAGCAACAGCUAUCAGAGAAAGCAUUAGGCUUUUAAGAGAAAUUGAAGUCAGAAGCCGCAGAGCAGCCAUCUUGUGCUACAAAACUUCAAGUACAAAUGAAUGCUUAUAUAUAUUAUUUGCAGUUAUUAAAGUGAUGGUCGUUGCUGUUGUUGGGAUCAUGACACACAAAUAUCUGUCGAAAAUAGUAGAGGAAAAUUUACCAGAAAUCGUGUCAUCGAUAAAGCAGGCUCCAAUUGUCGCACAGGUUAUUGCAGGUAUCCUGGCGAGUUGCAUUGUGUUUCUGGUAUCCAGUGAAGUUCUGAAGUCAUAUUACGAAGACAGAAGCAUGCGUUACAACGUGGCAGCCGCAGGGUGGCAAGCCUUAGAGCUUAAGAUCCGUGCUUUCCUGGCAACAGCAAUUGAAGGCAAAAUUUCAUCUGCUGAAUACAAGAUCUUCAUUAAUGAAUGUAUUGAAAAAAGAGAAGAAAUAUGUAUCAAAGCUCGUCCAGAUGAAAAGAUCUACAAGGAGUAUGAAAAAGUUAUGACCAUAUAUGAUAGAGAUGAAAACGUAAAUGAUAUACAUGUAAUACGAAUAAAUAAGUGUUUGUAUUAAGUUUGAUGGAUUGAUAAAGGCUACAAAAGUAAAAAUGGUUCACUAAACCGUGUACAGACUUACGUAUUUAAGAAUAUGUAAGGUAACCCUACAUAAGUCGCUGAGCUUAUAAACUGACCUUCGUAAA